AUGGACGGGGGGUCGAACUAUGCGGUGGCGGUGAAGCAGCUCAUAUGGGAGUGGCCGCACAUUCAGGAUGUGCCGUGCGCCCCUCACGUAUUGGAUCUUCUCAUGGAAGAUGUCGGAAAGAUGGGAUCGGCUAAGCCGGUGGUCGACAAGGGAGGGGAGAUAUCUAGCUUUUUGACUGAGGACGUGGGGGGCUUGCUCGAUGCGGACGAGGAGCAGCUGAGCGACGGGGACAAGGACAAGAUCCGCCGCAUCCUCAGAGACGGCUGGGACGGCAGCCUCGCAUGCGCCACGCAUGUCGCUGGCGGCAUCCUCAACCCCGCGAAUCAGGAGGAAGAUAUUUUCGGCAUUGAUCCCGAGUGCACGAAAGUCUUCAAGGCGUUCAUCAGCCAGCAGGCCGAGUUCCUUGCGAGCCGCGGGGAUGGGGGGGAUGACGCGUGCGACAUCUUGCUUGAGCUGGGGGACGGGCUGAGGGCGUUCCUUGACAUGAAGGGUUCUUUUGGGAUGCCGGAAGCCGUGGCACAGAGGAAGCUGGUGAAAGAGGGAAAGUAUAGCAUGGUGAAGUGGUGGCAGUGGAAUGGGACUGAUGCCCCUCGAGUGGCAGAGCUCGCGGUACGGGUGUUGUCUCAAGGCCGUGUCAGCCUCACCUUGUGA